CAACCAGCUAAGCUACUAUAUUUAUAACAAACGUUGAAUUGAACCACUAAUCCAUAUAACCUGCGACACAUUGUUAGUUAGACAUCAUAACGUGUAUGGAUCAUAACGUGUACAGAUGAGGUGAUUACUGUACUGUUCUAUCUUGUCAGUCUCGACGAAUAUGGAAAAACCUGCUGUUCAAUUUUUGUUAUCGAAGAUUCCUGUAAAAAGACUUCGGACUAUUUAUAAAUAUUUUGCAGUGAUUUCGUUCACUUUUGUGUCUGCUGUGAUAAUUGUGCAGUUUUUCGGAAAUAGAACCGUAAGAUUUGAUGACGUAAUAAGAGGCGAAAAGUCUCCUUCUAGAGGAUCAAACAUGACGCCAACUUCAACAGUCAAAGCAACACCACAGACAUAUCUACCUGUAGAAGGUCCAGUUGUAAAUCCUCAUCCGUUUCGUUAUCUUUUGAAUCCCGAGACUUUCUGCAACAAAAAGGAUAUAUACAUCAUAACAUACGUUCACAGUGCACCGAGCAAUUUCGAGAAACGAGACGCAAUUAGACAGACCUGGGGCAAAAGGAAGUAUUAUCUGAACAAAAGGGUCGAGUUAGUUUUUAUCCUGGGACAAGUUGCAGACACGGAAGUGAUGACGUCAGUGAGGAAUGAGUCGGAUAUCCAUGGCGACAUAGUCCAGGAGGAUUUCGUUGACAGUUAUCGUAACUUGACCUACAAGGCGAUCGCUGGAUUGAAGUGGGUGUCCACGUUCUGUAGACAAGCUGUGUAUGUUUUAAAAACAGACGAUGAUAUUUUCGUUAAUUUGUACGUGUUUAUCAGAUAUAUACUGUCGACUGUUGAAUUUCGUUAUGGAAUGACACGGUUGAUUCUAUGCCAUGUCUGGGUGAACAUGGGGGUGAUACGCAAACAGCAAUCUAAAUGGUACCUGUCUAGAGAUGAUUUCUCGCCAGACUUCUUUCCGCCAUAUUGUUCCGGAUCUGCUUAUUUGAUGAGCCCUGACGUCACGGAGGCUAUGUAUAGGUUAUCUCUGACCACUAACAUGUUCUGGGUGGAUGAUGUAUACAUCACUGGUUUGCUGAUACAGAAUCUGAACAUCACGCACAGGCCGUUCAACACUGGAUACAUUUUUUACCCUUCCCUUUUUGUGCAAGAAUUAGAAACUGAUAAAUACUAUGACGUUGCUGUCUAUGUGACUCAUAACCUUCAAAGAAUGUUUCUUUUGUGGACCACUGUGAAUGCAAGGGAAAGCAAAGCAGUUGAUACCAAGAAUAUUUCAAAGAUUGCUAUUGAUUUUCAUCAGAACACAUCUUAAAUUUAAGUGCAAUCAUGUGGUUGAAGACGUUUUUUUGUAUCAAUCAUAAAUAGCGAACGUAGUUGCUGGCCUCGGUGGUGUAGUGGAUUGUAAGUAACUAACAUAUUAUUGAACUUCUUCGCACAGAAGAUUUUAAUCGUAAGACGGGCAUUACGGCUACCGUAAGGUUGCUUUCUGGAAUUAAGCUUAUCUAGGUAUUUCUCCGGAUAUAAUCACGAAAAUAAGAAUCAUUAACUUAUUCUGGUUUGAAGAGAAAUUCUAACAUUCUUCCAUAUAUUAAUACAAAUUGUUAAAAAUAAUUAAUAACAUUCACUGAUGCAACAUUUAGGGGAUAAUGUCACUGUCUUUCGUAGUUAACUAUAAGGAUUUAUCACAAAAUUUGAAUUUAGGGACGAGACGAAGUUGAGUGCCCAAAUUCAAAAAUUGUGUGAUAAAUCCUUAUGGUUAACUACGAAACACAGUGAUAUUAUCCCUAUUCUAAUAUUACACCUAUUCGGAGUAUAUGUAAGACAUUUUAUUAUGUUUUUAUUAAAGAAAUCCCACAAAUAUUAAAAACUUAAUUAUCUAUUCUCCUUACUUACGAUAUUCAAUGAAAACGCUUGUAGUAAGUAAAAGUAUGACGUAAUAUUUCUUUCGUUCUCUUCACAUUUAGGAACGAACCAAAUGACAAAUUUAUCACCAUUGUAGUCUGUCUUUUGAACAUGAUUUAUUGUAAUACAGGAUACACUAAACGAAAUAGUUCCGUUGGCUGUUAAUAUCUGUUGCAAGACAUAUAGAUAUGAAUGGACUUUACAUUUGUGAAACAGUGUUUCAACUUUAUAUUGAAUUAUUUUGAGGAAUUCGUGUGGUUUAAUUUUGUACAAAAACCACGUUGAUGGGGUAGGUCUACAAGUUUAUAACUGUUGCUAACAUAUUUUCACUUAAAGUUUUUAUAAAUACAUACAAUAAUAUGCAUUUACUAAAGGGUAAGUAUUAUUUUCAAACGUUUUUCAAAGUUGUGCCAUAUUUUAAAGCAGUUAAUGUUGUUUAAAAUUGUGUUUAAAAAAAUCAAGUCAU